AGAUUUCAGUAUUUUCAGUAUCAGACUGGCAUAAUUUAUUGAAGUCAACAUGUCUCUCUGGGCAAAAGCUCAACAGCUCCCGCCGGAUUGCUUGCAAAAGGUGCGGUCCAUCUAUAUGGAUAAUUUCCCUAUCGAAGUGAGACACUGUCUCGCGCCUUGGAUCGAGAACCGUAUAUGGACCACCGAAGCUGAAGAGCAACAGUACAACUUCGUCGAGGAGUUGGUGCAUGAGAUUAAUGAGCACGCUACGCUUUUGCAUACGCCUGAGAUGUUCGUCACGAAGAUGAAACUGAUUGAGGCUGCUAAAGCUAUACAUUUGCAAUACGCGCACGCUCCUCACGAACUGUACAAUUACAUGCGCAGCUGUCUCAUGCUGGAGUUGGAUGUGAUACAAAAAGCAAUGGGGAGUCAGUACACGGCGCCGCCGCAGACCGAGAGGAAGUAUAGUGAGCUGAUUGGCGGACUCAGGUCUGUGCAGCAGAAGGUGAACCAGGUCAGCGCCAAGAUCAGGGAACUCGAGGCCAACAUGGAGGCCUUUUCGUUGGAGUAUCACGAGUGCGUCAAAAAGAAGGCCGAGUUUUUGGGAGAGAAAGUCGCGGUCUCAUCCUCGCCACUCUGGACAGGAGGCCCGUGUAUGCCUUUGACCGCGGAUCCUGGACUGGGUCACCGCAACUUCGUAAUGCAGCAAUCGCCGCCGAAUCACGACCGUCGCGACUACGAGGCGCAUCUCACCAUUCAGAUCGAGGAACAGGAGAGGAAGCUGAACGCUCGGCUCACUCACAUGAACAGCAGCCAGUUAGCUCUCGUGGAUUAUAUGAAGGAGAACAUCACUAGUUUGGCUCAACUGCAGAGCCAAGUGUUGGACGGGGAGCUAAUCAAAUGGAAACGCGAACAACAAUUGAGCGGUAACGGCGUACAAAUGCAGACCAACUUGAACGCAAUACAAGAAUGGUGUGAGCUCCUCGCAGACCUUAUAUGGACGACUCGGCAGCAAGUGAACAAUGUCUCGCGCAUCAUAAACAAGACGCUGGCGGAGGCGAGACAGCCGCAUCUGCCCGAGAUGUUAGAAGAGUGCAGCAAGCAGGUGACCAGUUUACUUUCGACCCUCGUGACCUCCACGUUUGUCAUAGAGAAGCAACCGCCGCAGGUCAUGAAGACCAACACGCGUUUCACUGCCACCGUCCGCCUGUUGGUCGGCGGGCAACUCAACGUGUACAUGACUCCUCCACGAGUGAGCGUGGUGAUAAUAUCCGAGCAACAAGCCCAAUUGCUUCUCAAGAGUGACACUCAGGGGGGGAAGAGCAAGCAGCCGGUUGAGUGUGGGGAUAUCCUGAACAACACCGGCGUCAUGGAGUACCAGGCCACCAGCCGGCAGCUCAGCGUCAGCUUCCGAAACAUGCAACUGCGCAAGAUCAAGCGCGCAGAGAAGAAAGGGACUGAAAGUGUGAUGGAUGAGAAACUCACGCUGCUGUUCCAAUCUCAGUUCAAUGUGGGUGGCGGAGAGUUGGUUUUCCAGGUGUGGACGCUGUCGCUGCCUGUGGUGGUGAUCGUGCACGGGAACCAGGAGCCGCACGGCUGGGCCACCGUCACCUGGGACAACGCCUUCAGCCCCUCGGGCCGCGUGCCCUUCGCCGUGCCCGACAAGGUGACCUGGGGCCAGUUGGCUGAGACGCUCCGCAUCAAAUUCUACUCCGCCACGUCUGGUGGAGAUUUGUCCGAUGAUAACUUGCGGUUUUUGGCCGAGAAGAUAUUCCGGGCGAAUCUGCCACUAAAUGUGCCGGAUUUGAACGCAAUGCCGGUGAGCUGGACGCAAUUCUGCAAAGAUGCUCUGCCGGAGAGGAACUUCACGUUCUGGGAGUGGUUCUACCAGGUGGUGAAGGUGACCCGCGAGUACCUGAGGACGCUGUGGUGCGACCGGCUUAUCAUGGGCUUCAUACAGAAGAAGCAGGCUGAGGACAUGCUGUCCAAGUGUCCCCCGGGCACAUUCCUGCUGAGAUUCUCUGACUCCGAGCUGGGGGGCAUCACUAUCGCCUGGGUCGGAGAUGGAAACGAAGUGUUCAGCCUCCAGCCGUUCACAGCUCGAGAUCUCGCUUUGCGGUCGCUCGCCGACAGAGUGCUGGAUCUGCCUCAGCUGCAGUUCCUCUACCCCAACAUCGCCAAGGAUGACGUAUUCUCCAAGUAUUACACCAAGCCAGAGAACGAAAUGCUCAAAAACGGUUAUGUGAAACCGGUUCUUGUGACCACAUUGCCCAACUUCAUGUCGUCGCCGGCUUACGCCUCGCCGGACACUCACCGCGGCACACCCAGCGUCCAGAGCAGCAGCUACUAUGGCUCAUCGACGCCUGCGCCGACCGAAGCGACCUUCAUGAACAGCGAUCUUUUUGAUAUGCAGUCGUUCGAUGCAGAUGACUUGGACUAUCUCGCUAUGAACGACAACGCUAUGCAGUGAAACGUGACGUCGCUCGUGGUGAAUCAACGAAAUAGUAGUUUAUUGAAGCAUACUUUACGAGUUUCAAUCGAUUUAUAUUAUUGUGGCAUAUUCAUUCAACGUUACAGAAGCAGCCGAAACCGCGGACAAAUAUGCAGACGAAGCUCUUUAAAACACUCAACUCAAAUUUUUUUUUUAAUAGUUUUUGUGCAUUUUGGUUUGUAAGUGAAAUCGGUCAAAUAAUUUGGUUGGUGUUUUUAAAAGUUUCAAAUGUUAUGUGUGUAUUGAAAAACAAGGUCAGGUUUUCCUGUUGACAGGGUCACGGAGGUCAGACGAGAGUCGCUUCGUGUACACUUACCUUGGAUUUGUACCACGGUUUUAGUUGCCCUUUUUUAGUGCCAUAGAUUUUUAAGUUUUUUUUUAAUAAGUUGACAAUUUAUGUAAGCCUAAAUUUUAUGACGAUUAAAUAAAAUAUAUUUAAUGAUACUUAAAAUGAUUAUUAUGUAACUAAACUAAUUGAUUAUUACUUUUUUUAACACUCGUUUGAAUUUUAUUUGUAUAAUUUUAUUAAGGAGUGGUUGAUGUUACGUGUAGGUACCUCUAUAAUAAAUAUAUUUUUACUACUAAUGUAUCAAAUUUGUAAUUUAAUUUUCAAAUGGUGCAAAUAUUAAUUUUUUUCCCGUUACUCUGGGAGCUGGUGCCAUUUUAUAAUAAGUUUUUUUUUUUAUAAACGCAAUCUUCUGUUUUGUUUCAAAUAUUGAGAAUAAGCUGAAUAAACUUUAAUUUUUGCCAUACCCAAACUAAGUCAAAUCACUAUAAGCGAAAACGUAAAAAUUAAUAAAAAUAUAUACAUUAAUUAUAUAUACAUUUAUUCGUCACAUUUGUGUUUAGAUAACUUUAAAUUUACAUUCGUCUUAUAAUUUUGUAUGUAUUUUUUAGGGAGUUAUUUUUUACAUUAUAUUGCUUUCGUGUAUUUUUGUGUUGAAUGGACAAUUUAUCGACGAAGGCUUUAGUAUUAGGAGCGAAAUAAUGGAAAAUGUGAAAAAUUAUUCAUCCUUGAGAGGUUCAAUGAUGUCCAAAAUAAAUAUUUCACGCGGACGAAGUCGCGGGCAUAGCUAGUAUGCUAUAAAAAUAAGCAACGGUUGGACAAGACCACGACGCAUUGACAUAUUUUUAUUGCACUAGAUCUGCUUUGAGACGCUUUCAAUUAACUGUUAUAGUAGAUUGGAGUGGUUUUAAUUCUUUUUGCGAUAAAUCAGAAACACAGUGGACGUAGUGCUAUUUAAAAUCUAGUUUCAAUUAUUAGAUUGUAUUAUAUAAUUAUACAUAGUUGCUAAAUACCGUUAAUGUUCUUAAUAAACACAUUGUGUGUGUAACCCUUAGUCUUGUGAUAAAUGUGGCCUUUCUAAAUUUUUAGUGUUGUUCCUUAUUCGUGCAUUGGUUAGAUAUAAAAAAAAAUAUGUUCACUUUUUCUAAUUUUUUUUUUUUUGUUUUUUCAAACAAGACAUGAAAACUGCAUGCAACCAAAAAAAAAUGUAUGAGUGACACUUAAACAAUUUUCGGUAUAUCAAAAAUAUAACCACGUACAAAUAAUAUGAUAUUUUUUCUUGUAUUUUUUUUUAUUUAACCAAUCGCGACGUAUUUCGUCCUUUAAUGUGUAAAAUAUUACGAUUAGGUACCUACAUAUGUCUCGUAUUUACCAAUAAAACCGUUUUUCCCACAUUAUUUGAUUGUUAGGAUUAAUAAUUAUAGUGUUACCACUUAACUUUUUAAAUAAAGAUUAUUUGGUUAAAACAAUUUUUUAUUGACGAACUCAAUAAAUGUUAGUAAUAAUGGUGCUUGGAUUUGAAAAUAUACGAAUUAGAAACUUUUAAUGAAAUAACAAAUGUCUGUAUUUUUUAAUCAACGACUAAAUAUUUAAAUCGGUAACUACCGAUCGAUCGAAAUUUUCAUAAUAUUAAUUAAAAUUCCGAGCCAAUUGAGCAUCGAAAUGUGCUAAUGCUUACUUAGUUAAAUAUUUAUUAUAUGUAAUGAAAACUUAAAAUAUAUACUGCAAUUGUCAAUUGAAAAACUAUGACUUUAAUGUUAAAGCAUUGUUUGAGUUCAAAUUAAAUAUAUUUAAUAUACUUACUUAUAAUAAAAUCAGUUUAUAUUGUAGUUAUAUGUAAUUUUAAGAUGUGUUUCAUUGUUAGCAAUCAAUGUCGCUUUUGCACGCUUAUAAAAUCAAAGUAUAAUUGAAAAUAUAUAGGUACCUACUUAUAUUAAAAAGGAUUCGUUUGUUUAAUUACACUAUUGAUAACGACAUUCAAAUUCGGAAAAUUGAUUCCUUCAUAUGUUCAGAACUGUCGAUGUUAAAAACCUAAUUUUAAAAAAAUACGAUACAAGCCUAAACGCGGGAAAUUUUAAGAAAACGAUGGAUGUUGAAAGGCAAAUGGAUGUAGAGUCCAUACAGCCAACCACAUAGCAUGUUCAUUAUUGAUAGAAUUUUAUCAUUUUUUUAAAAUUAAGACUAUGUACCUAUAAACUUUUCAAUUAUGCUUAGCCCAUGAUGAAAUGUUUACUAGUAAGAUGAAUUCUAUAAAAAUUAAAUGUUAGUUUUCUAAGGAUUGACAUUUUAAACCCCAACUGCUUACCGUAUUGUUGUAGAUAUUAAUUUGAAAUAAAUAUAAACUGUUGGACUUA